CAUACCAUUACUUCCGUCUACUUCACAAACAUAUCCUUCAAAACAGCUAUUCAACCGAAAUAACACGUCACAUCAACAUCAACACGUCGUCCGCACGGCCUGCGAGGAAGGAGUUCGAUUACUUCAUUGAGCACGAGGCUCGGGAAUACAACAGGAUUAAAAGAGAGAAGGCAGAAGCCGAAAAGAAAGAGGAUGAAGCCAAAAAGCAGACCGAAGAGGACAACAAGAACAAAGACAAGAGCGCCACUGAAACCUCGAAGGCCAGCAGCAGUGGCGGGACGUAG